AUGCAAGUCAGAAAUUUUGUUAAUACCGUUCCCAGUCUUAAUGAUAAAAAUAUUAAAAUCUAUUAUGAGCACAUAUUUUCACAACCGUUUAAAAUAAUCAAUGGUGAAUACAUUUAUGAAUACCCUAAACACUGGGUUGAUUAUAACACUGGUGAAAAAGCGAUUGAAAUAAGACAGAUAAAAACCAUUCCUGCAGGACGAACCAUUGAAUUAUAUAACUUUGGAAUAAUAAGAGAUAAUCAUCAAUAUGAUUUACAGAUUUAUAUAGAUUUAGACACAGGGGAUGAUAUGACAGCAUUUAAUAAAAAGAUUAAAUCGGUUCUUAUUGAACAGUUAAAAGGUGCCGGAUAUCCUCAACCUAAUGAAGUUGAUAUGUUUUAUAGUUUUGAAACUAAUUUAAUAGAAUUUCGUGUUAAUUCAAAUUCAAAAGCUGGUUUCAUAUUUGAUUUAAAAGAUAGCGCUGUCGGUGAUGAGAUUGAAAAUGUAUACACGAAUAAAAAUUUUCAAGAGAUUACAGGAAUUAAUAAUGAUGAAUGCUUUUAUCGAUUUGCUCAGUUCGGAGCAGAACAAAUAACAUUAAAUGACCUCCUGGAGUACUUACCAAAAUCAAUUUCCAUUAAAAAUGAUGAUUAUUUAUUAACAUCAAUUUCAUUUAAUGGUGUUUGGUCCAGAGAAGCGGCAAUCAUUAAAUCAAGUAUAAGUGAAUUCGCUGAAGAUUCUAUUUUAUGUUUAUCAAACUGUUUAUAUUCUCCGCCGAAGCAUUAUUCAAUAACUAAUUAUGUUAAUAAAUUUAAUAUAAAAUUAGUUGAACCAUCGAGUGUUCCGUACCGAAAUGCAUCACUAGAAAAGUGGCAAAAAGUGAUACUUACUCUUAUUUUGCGCGGCAAUUUUUCUAAGUUAUUUUGUUAA